CGGACGCACUCAGGGUUUUAUACCUUCAAACCGCGGACGUACCUGCAAUGGGGGACGGUCCGCAUUUUAGAUAGGUAUCGUUUCCGUCAUUUAACAGUCAAGUGGGGGCGCUCUAUGAAUUGCACGUUCAUCUGAAGCCGGUCCGCUAUUGAAUGCAGAACAGCAUAUUCGACGCACAAAACGUGUGCGUGGAUUUGCUCACUGGAUGUCCCGUUAUUGUAGUGCGCCCUCUAUCGCUGCAUCAGCGCUAACCCCUCCACACAACAUCGUGACGACGAAUUGCGUGCCGUCGAACGCAUAUUACCGCAGAACUGCGGACACGUCGCGCGCCAAAUGCACAGCAUGCUUGAGAUUUUGCACGACGAGCCCACAUGCUCCUCAGACAGCCAUCAUGAACACCAGGACAACUCAAACUCAUGGACCAAGAACUAGGUCUACCUCAAGAACUGCAGGUACAAAAAGAAGGGAUUUUGAAAAAUAUCUGGGGAGGGAUCAAGAUCAGGAGGGAUUUGAGGCAAAAUUCAUCAGCGAAGAAAUCGGAUUUGGGGUGUUUACUACCAGGAGUUUUGACAAAGGGGACUUUCUCUUGGAAUACAAAGGGGAGGUAAUGUCAGAAAAAGAAGCCAGCAGCAGACACUAUACCUCACGGCAUAGCUACCAGUACUUUUUUCGCUGGAAUGGAAAAUCAAUGUGUAUUGAUGCAACUACAAACUCCAGUCUUGCCCGUCUUGUUAAUGAUGCUCAGCAACGUCACAAGGCAUGCAAUGUAAAAAUUACAAAAAUAGACGUUGGUCCAACAGUUCACCUUUGCUUGUUUGCCCUGAGAGACAUAAAACAGGGAGAGGAAUUAAGGUACGAUUAUCAAGUGAAGGGACUUUGGUGGAGAACAGCCUCACAACAGAAGCAACCAAGUGUGUCUCAAGCCACCACCAAAGAACAAGCUAAGGUCAGUUGUUCCACUGAAAUCAGUGGAGGUCAGCCAGCCAUUUGGACUGCAGACAGUGAAGCUGCAAGUUGUAGUCAACCAGUCAGUGAAGUUGCAUCAAGUCGUGAUCAACCAGUCAGUGAAGUUGCAUCAAGUCGUGAUGAACCAGUCAGUGAAGUUGUAUCAAGUCGUGAUCAACCAGUCAGUGAAGUUGCAGCAAGUUCUGAUCAACCAGUCAGUGAAGUUGCAUCAAGUCGUGAUCAACCAGUCAAUGAAGUUGCAGCAAGUUGUGAACCAGUCAGUGAAGUUGCAGCAAGUUGUGAUGAACCAGUCACUGAUAAAGUUGCAGCAAGUUGUGAUGAACCAGUCAGUGAAGUUGCAGCAAGUCGUGAUCAACCAGUCAGUAAAGUUGCAGCAAGUUGUAAUGAACCAGUCAGUGAAGUUGCAGCAAGUCGUGAUCAACCAGUCAGUGAAGUUGCAGCAAGUUGUGAACCAGUCAGUGAAGUUGCAUCAAGUCGUGAUCAACCAGUCAGUGAAGUUGCAUCAAGUCGUGAUCAACCAGUCAGUGAAGUUGCAGCAAGUUGUGAACCAGUCAGUGAAGUUGCAGCAAGUUGUGAUGAACCAGUCACUGAUAAAGUUGCAGCAAGUUGUGAACCAGUCAGUGCAGUUGCAGCAAGUUGUGAUGAACCAGUCAGUGAAGUUGCAGCAAUCAGUGAAGUUGCCGGCUGUGGUCAGUCAGCUUUUCAUACGAGUGAAGUAGUUGUCACAAGUAGCCAACAAGUCAUUGAUGUUGCAGCAAGUUGUGAUGAACCAGUCAGUGCAGUUGCAGCAAUAUGUGAUCAUCCAGUCAGUGAAGUUGUCGGAAGUUGUGGCCACUCUGUUCAUGAGACUGCAGUCAGUGAAGUUGCUAGUUGUGGUCAGUCAGCUUUUCUUGGCAGUGAAGUAGUUGUCGACAGUAGUCAAGCAGCAGGUCAGAUUUCAAUAAAUGAAGUUGUUUCCAGUUGUGGUCAGUCAGGUAUUGAUAGGGAAGCAGCUGCCAGUGUUGAAGCUACAUUAAGUGAUGUUGAAAGCAUGGUCACAUCGACACAAUUUGAUGAUAAUGAUCCUAAUUAUGAAAGUGAAUCGGUAGAUACUGCUUCUGAUUCGGAUGAAAGCUUUGUACUUGAGUCUGAUGCUUUGUCAGAGGAGUUCUGUGUUAUACCCUUGCCUCAAAGGAGAGUGUUGGCCAAUAACAACAGUGCAGAGUCGACCAGUGAAACUGUUGAUGAUUCAUCCUCUGUUGGUCCUCAAACUGCUGAUAGCACUGAUACUACUUCCAUAAAGGUUAUGCGUACCGACAAUAACAAAGGCAAACGGAAGUGGGAUAAAGGUGCAUACUGCCCCUUUUGCCAUACAUAUCAGAUGAAACUACCGCGACAUUUAGGGAAGUGA